AGGCCCAGCGAAGCCGAACUUCCUUGUUCCCAAUGCCGCCCGUAUUUGAUUCAUAGCAUGCAAGCAUGAAGUAGAUUCUCCCACCAUUUUUUCGCAGGACGCGAAUACAGUGUUGACCUUCUAUCAGCAACUUGAAAUAAGACGACAAGAACGCAAUCACAAUAUUUCGCAGCAUUACGUUCGGAAUUCAUCGGCCCCGUAACUACAACACGACACUAAUACUGCAAAGUCAUCUCUUCAUUAAAUAUUUGAAUCUGUUCUUUGCAAACGCCGACAUCUACUUCUAGUAUUUUCUUUCAGCCACGAGUUCAAUCACAUACAACAAUUCAAACAUGUCGUCUUCCUUGAUCGAAGUAGUUGCAUCGAGUGCAACUAGUAGCGAAGACGCUUCGGUGCUGUCGGUACAAACGCCGCGCAGUCUUGCAGAAAAGUGCCCCACGCCUACCACAGCAGGGUCUGCGUCAGCCUCUACUGUGUCCGCCCCCUCUGCUUUGAGCAAGCUCCUGCAUGUAGUCGCAGGCCAGUCUUCCCCUUUGGCAAAGCGACGCAAGCCUGAUAUUGGCAACCUCAAGGACCUGACGACGGGAGAUCUUCAACAUGCUCCCAAGGCGUUGUCUACGGGAACGACCGAUUCUGCAACAACGAAGUCGACGUCUUCUAGUUCGAAAAAUAGCGUAGUAGAUUCCUUGUUGCGCGUCCAGAAUUUCCUCUCGGCAAAGCCGGACCCGCUAGCCGGCGUCGACAAGGCUCUAGGUCGCGAAGAGGGGUCUUCAUCUUCUGGUGCAGCUUCCUCUUCCGUAGUGGAGAUAGAGCGAGUAGACGAAGGCAGAGGAGCUGUCGGACUGUGUCGAGCGCAAGCAGCGAGUGUCGGACAGAACGCAGCGAGCCUUGGAGUAAGUGAAGAGGCCAAAAUCUUUCAGGGCAUCAAGAUGCCUGGAGGAGCUCCUUCUUGUGACGCAGCAACAGCAAAUCAUGGUACAACUUUGAAGCUUCGUGGUUCUUGUACAGGUGACGAUAGGAGUACUUCUGCUGCUGCUCCUGGAGGGCUAUUCGAUUUCAAAAAGGAGAAUAUUAUCAACGUAAUGACCUCUGAUGAAGAAGACUCCGAUGACGAUGUUGAUAACGAUGACGAUAACGAAGAUAUGAAAGACGGAGAAGAAGACCAUGGAGGACGGGAUGAUGAAGAGUCUGACUCCGAUAGUGACGCUGAAGCACUUGAACUGCUGACGAAGACUUUACGUGCAACUGAGCGUGGAAGCAAACUUCUCGACGAAAUCAUGAAGGCUGCCAACAUCGAAAAUCUCAUGCAGGAAGAUGAUGAAGUUGAAGAUGCCUCUGAUAUUAAAACAGACCAGAUGAAGGGCAUUAAGGGAGGCGGCGAUGAUUCAGAUAGUACUAGACGCAAAGAGACCAAGAGUGUUGACGGGGCUGGUGCAUCGAAAGAGCAAGUAGUAAACAACGCUGCGUCUUCAGGAAAGAUGGUCGAAAUGCAGGUAGGAUUGGGAGUCUUCGAUGUUAAUGGAGCUGUCCCCGCGGAUCUGAACAUCCCUACGGUGACCGUGCCCGCGCCAGAAGUCAGCGGUGCUGAUAUUCAGCUUCCACCGCGAAAAUAAGACAAGAACACAAGUGGAAUCUGAAUCAUGCCAUGGACAAUUUCGUUGGGUCCUCUCUUGGAGCAAAAUAUAUAUUGAUAUGAUCGACUGACUGUGAUCGUGGAUGUUGGCCCUCUAACACGACUGACGUGAAAAAACUUUGAUGAAUCAUUUCUUUGAAGUUGUUUUUAUUCCGAUAGCUGUCGGUUGGAGAUGGAGAUGUUGCACAACUGCGCUAGUGCAAUGGAAAAUGAAACUUUCUAACAAUAUGUUGUAGAGCCUCACAGGAU